AUGAUUCCUACAACACCUAUCAGAGAUAAGUUAUUCUUACCACUAAGCAGCUCUGCUUAUCUCAAACCCUUCCAAGGCGGCAUCAUGGCCGGUACAGUCGAUGGUCGUGAUGCCAUGGAGGGUAUUUUGUACCAAGAUACUGAUCCUGACUUGCUUGAAGCCAGGCGCAUGUACCCUCAUCUGUUCGAGAGUAUAGACGUAGUUCAGUCAACUCAAGCGGGCGAUCAGGGGCCAGAGGACGAUGCGAUUGCUCAUAACGCCGAUGCCAAGGACUACUCUCAUAUAGAUGUGACAGGAAUUGAAGUUGAACGCUGGAAAGGAGAUCCUCAAGAAGCAACGGAUUCUCCUACUGCUGGAACUAUGCCUUCAAUUCCUUCAGUCCCCAAGCGAUCAGAUUUGGAUCCAAAGUUUGCUUUGACAGACCGUUACAUUUUAUUUUACCACCACAGCAAGGACCCUAUUUUGCGCCACUCUGAAAUUUUUGCCAGCGUUAUUCCAGAUCGCGAGACCGUUACCCUUCAGGAACUUAAAGUGUCCCCCCCGAUACCGCGCUCUGAUCAAAUUCCCCGCCUGGAAGACGACAGCGUUAUUUUUUCCCGUAUUCCAGGUGCCAACGAGUCUUUAGAAGAUGCUACUCUACCGCACGACCAAUCGGGAGGUUCUGAAGCAUCCAAUUUGAAAACGUCAAAAUUGUCUCGACAGUACGCUUGGUGCUUUCCCCUUUAUGAGCCGGCACCAUCUCCUCCGUCAGUCUUUUUGUCAAAGAAGCUCACGAAAGCUACACAUGAACCGUCGAAGGUAAAUUGUCUGCAAAUGCCCCUGCCCGAAGCACUUUCAGAGUUUGAAAGCUGGGAUAUCUUUUCAGACGAAGACAAUGCGUUGUUUUCCCCCGUCGAACACCACUUUUGGGAGUACGAUAUAAUUUGGGACUUAGACGAAGACCAACGCGGAUUUAGCCGUUUAGACUCGUUGGAUGAUGAUUCAAGUGCAAACGACAACCGCGUUUUGCCCGCUUCUUUUUCACAGCCGCUGUCUUGUUUCCACCUCCCGGCGUACUACGAACCCUACACCUUUUCAAGUACCAAUCAAGACCGUCUGAUCUAUCUGUCGUCCGACUUUGACAUUUCCCAAUUCUCGGACCGCGUUCUUUUGUAUUCUAUUUUCCCCCCCGUCAAUCGUUACCUCAUUGUGUCCGACUGGGAGUCCCAGACCAUUUGGGACGACGAGUCGCAGCGUCCUUUCCUGCCGCGCCUUCAGGUUCAGAUGAACGACCUGUACAUGCUGUUCGAGCCGGAAAACGCAUCGGAGUAUGAAUCCGAACUGGACGCUGCGAAUGGCUCUUCUCGUCCCCAAACGGUGAAAAAGAAGCCUCGAAAGCGCCAUUUGUUGCUUCCCAGCUGUUCGCUGCAGUCAACCGAACUCCUGCUUCGUUCUCACCAAGAUGCUCUAAAACACAUUGACAAGUUUAAUUUAUCGAACGACAAGUACUACUUGGAAGGAACGCAGGCCGUCGCGCGCGCUCAAAAGUCCGCAAUUUUGCAGCAUUCUAUGUACGCGUUGCUAAACGUGCUGAUGAAGCCGUCUCUGACGACGAGCCAGCUGAAGCAUUGGCACAAACCGAUGGCCGUAUUCGAGGCGAAUCGAGUUUAUUCCAUUGACGUCCGGUCGAACAAGCGAAAGGAGCAGAGGAAGCAGGUGCUGAGUCUGGACAUCAUGAAGCGCAAAAAGGACUUGUCGGCGAGAGAGGGGCGAAUAGUCAUUGUUGAAUAUAUGGAAGAGCGUCCGCCGAUGAUCAUGGACAUCGGCAUGGCGAGCCGCAUUUGUAAUUAUUGCCGAAAAAUGAAGGACAAACAAAACAAGCCGACCCUAUCGUUCGUAGAUGGAGAAGAUGUUUUUUUAGAAGUCGAAGACGCGUCUCCGUUUCUUGGGGACAUUAGGCCUGGAGCCCAGCUCCAGGCGCUUGAGAACAAUCUGUUUAAAGCGCCCAUUUUUCUACACACUCCGGAGGAAACGGACUUUUUGCUGAUACGCACCGAGCGUCGAAAUAAGCAAGAUUUGUUCUACGUUCGCGAAAUUCCCGCUUUGUACAUAGUUGGCCAACUCCAUCCGAUGCUGGAAGUCCCAGCCCCUAAUUCUCGCCAGUCCACUCACUACAUAAAGCAGCGCCUUCAGCAUCGGAAAACGCUAUCCGUAAGCGUCUCAAGGUCUGCGCAGAAUUCAAGCGCGGCGGCGACGAUUCCGGCGCGUGGGUGCUGA